GGGUAUUUUGAGAAAAACCGUGCUUGUAAUUAUGCAGCCUGCUGAGGUAAUAGGGCUUGUGGCUAUUCCUAGUCAUAUACGGUUUUGGGGAAUUGAUUCAGGAAUAAGACACAGCAUUGGCGGUGCAGACUAUGGAUCUGUAAGAGUGGGGGCCUUUAUUGGUCGAAAGAUGAUAAAGUCUAUUGCGUCUACAAUGUUGUCCCAAUCAUUGUCAAGUGCAAAUGGGAACAUUGAUGAAUUGAAUGAGGAUGGUGUUGAGCUACUCCGAGCUGAGGCUUCAUUAGAUUACUUGUGCAACCUGUUGCCUCACAGGUAUUGUUAAUUGCACGAGCAUCUU